UAGGAGGGCAUCGUUGCGUAAGACUUUCAGCUUCAUGUCAAGAUCUAAGCUCAGUAAUGGAACAGGAGGCAUGAUAGCCUCGCAAAUCGCAGAGAGAGCUUGGAGGUCAGAUUGUGAGAAGCCAUGGCUAAAGUUUUCUUGUUUCGUACUCCAUCUCAGCAACGGGUGCCCUCCCUUCUUGCCUCUUGUUCCUCCUACCAUCUCUCUGUUUUCUGCAUUCAUAUUAAAGUUUGUCGGGAAGUCGAAGGCGGUUUCUUAAGUGUUGGGUAAUCAGAACGAAGAAGAAAAAAAAUGAAAUGAAAGAGAGAAAGAAAGAGGGGAAAUUAGUUUGUUUCUUUUUUGAGUUUUAGAUUUAUAUGUUUGUCGUUUUGCGUCUGUGUUGCAUUGUAAAGAAAAAGAAAUCACAAUGACGCAAUAAAUGUAUGUAUUAUGGUAUUUACGUAUGAUAUGUGUCUCUUCAGGUGUGUGAUACAACAGGGUCCACGUGACAACUGCUACAUUGUACAUAUGCUACAAGUGUUUUCUUGGAAAGUGACCAAAACUUGUGAUCUUCCAUUAACAUAUGUGGGCAAUACAAAAAUUAUUUGUCUCUGUCAUACAGUGUUCUUUGUUUCAGGUGUGAAGAAUUAUUGUAGAACAAUAUAAAAUCAUUACUUUAAUAUUUCACUUUAGAUAUUAUUAACGGUGAUGAGAUAAAAUUCAUACCGAUUAAUCUUUUGUUCUCUAAAGUACGAUAAUCAUACAGAAAUUUUGAAAUCACUGACAAUACGAAUAUAUGUUGUAGACUGGCACUGACACGUCCUAUAAACUUUCAGUACUUAAACCAGAAUUUAGAGUACAAUAGUUUGUAGUUAAAUCAUAAUUUAUACAACAUUAGUUGCUUAUGUGUUAUGUAUGUAUAUGUCUACCUCUGUUAUUCUCUUUGCUCAGCUUUUGUUGUACCCGUUGGUAUUGCCAUGUUGGCUUUCUUCUCAUGUACUUUGAACAUCUUCUCCUUUGAUGGAGACUAAGAAUCAAUAAAAGUGUGUGAUUUGACCCCACAAAAAUCAUAGUUAUAUAAGUCGAAAUCCACGUACAUGUUGUUAAUUGUUUUCCAACUUUAACGGCCACCUUUAAUUGUUACCUGUUUUCUUUUCUUGCGUCAUGGCUUACAUCAAUUUAGAUUCAGAUUUUUUGUUUAUUUCUGAUAUCACGAUAUGUAUAGUAUAGUGUUCUUUCAAGAAAUGUAGCCUAGUGUUUUUGUUUACCUUCAAUAUUCAGGCAUUUGUUUGUUUAAUCGUUUCUAGUUUCUAGAUUUUCAAAUUUGAGUGGCUCGUCCCUAAACAGAACAAUCUAAAUAUGAAGUCAUAUUUUAUUUUUAUCAAUUAUUAGCCAAUAAUUGAUUUGUUUUUAUUGACAGCUGCUGAUUCUCUUUACAGUUUUACCAAAUUAAGAUUGCAAUGCAGAACAAGCAAUAAAAUUAGCUUCAUACGUUUAAAUACAUUUCCAACAAAAUGUCGUUCACUGAAUUAGUUUCUAUUUGGUUGUUUUAUCACCUUCACGUUAUUAUUUCAAUAUAUCUGGAAACCAGAAAAUUAGCUCUUAACAUUCUCCUCUUCCUUCUUUUUUUUUCUUUGUUAAUAACCGAGUAUCUUGAUUCAACAUUUUAUUUGGGAGAACAAAAAGUAUAGGCCAUAGAUUUUCAAAUCAAAAUGCUUUCAAAGAAAUCUAAAACAAUCGCUCUUAAUCGAGUCGAAAUGAAUAAUCACAUUUCUUUUCGAUUUUGAUUUCUUUCAUUCUAGUAUUCAGAAAAAAGAAGAAAAAGAAUAAGCAUACAAAAUAGCUUUUUCAUCAUUCUUUUUCUUAGCAACUGUUUUGAUUUGGUUUGGCAAUUUCUUUAUGUCAAACUACAAAAUGAAGGGUCUCUUCAAGGGUCUUAGAUACAUUUCUCAAAUCUUCGAAAACGAGAAAGAGCCAGAGAUGCAAAUUGGAACACCAACAGAUGUAAAACAUGUUGCUCACAUUGGUUGGGAUGGAGGAUCUCCCAAUCAAAAUUCACCGAGCUGGAUGAAUGAUUUCAAUGCAUCCGGUGGAUAUUCAUCGUCGCCUCUAGGAAAUAACAAGGAGGAUGGCUCUUGCAUUUCUGAAGAUUCAACUCGAUCACGUGAUAUACCAAGAUAUCCAAAAUCGUCGAGAGACCGUUCGAACAAUUUGGAAUCACCAGCAAAAGAACGAUCACGACGUGGUUCUUCCAACUCUAGUGGGAAUCCAAAACCUUCACGGAGAUCAAAAGAAUCUUCAAGUAUUUCUCAAGAUGGUUCUGUAAGAUCUCGUCGUAAGAAGUCUAAAGAUUCCGUGAACGGUGGAUCUACAAGAUCGUCGCGGAGAGCACGUGAUUCUCAGACAGAAUCUUUAAACGGUUCAAUUUCUGAUGGAGAAUCAUUGAUAUCACUCUCCUUUGAAGAUCUAUAAGGACACAUAAUGUUCAAAAAAGUGUGGUCUCAAGAUAUCAUAUACAGCUUUGGUUGGUUACUAGAGGAAAUUCAAGCUUGCAUGGGGUUUUCGGAUUUUCUAGAGAAAAAUAUGAUUUAUCAUUAUAUUACCAACCGAGGUGAUCAACUGAAUCCGGAUGUGGAUAUUAUCACUGAUUUCACAAAGAUAUAAAUAUAUAAUCAUGCUCAAUUGCUCAUGAUGUUUUAGAACAAAUUGUUUACGCUAUUUAAAAGGUUUAUUUUUGGUAC